AUGCCACUCCGACCAGCUAUUGCAUCCAUGUCCCUGGGACGACCAGGAGUUCACGACCUGCCAGGAAAGCUACGACAAGCAUCUCAAUACGGCUUUGAAGGGAUCGAAAUAUUCUUCGAGGACAUAAAGAUUUUUGCCCGGUCCAACCAGAUCAGCAUCCUCGAAGCAGCGUCUCAAGUCCAACAACUGUGCGAGUCCCUCCGUCUUGAGGUAGUCUGUCUGCAACCAUUCUUGUUCUAUGAAGGCCUUCUUGACCGCGAUGAGCAUGCCCGUCAAGUAUCGGAACGACUGCCACUAUGGUUCAAAAUUGCGCGACGACUGCGGACGGAUCUCAUUCAGGUUCCAUCCAAUUUCCUCCCGCCCGAUCCGGAGACCGGUCUUCCCAGGACGACGGGCAAUAUCGAUGUGAUCGUGAGUGAUCUGCGCGAGAUUGCGGACCUUGGUUUGAAAGAGUCGCCCCCUUUUCGAUUCGCAUACGAGUCACUCGCGUGGGGCAACCAUAUCGACACCUGGGAGGCGUGCUGGGACGUCGUGUGCCGGGUUGAUCGGCCUAAUUUUGGCAUUUGCCUCGAUACAUUCAACAUCGCUGGCCGCAUAUACGCAGAUCCAACUUCGCCAGAUGGGAAAAACCCCAAUGCAGACGCCGAUCUGACGGUAUCGAUCGCACGACUCGGUCAUAUCGUCGACCCGAAGAAGAUUUUCUUUGUACAAGUCGUUGAUGGAGAGCGAUUGUCGUCGCCACUCAUCGAGGGUCAUGAAUUCCAUGUCCCCGGCCAGCCGAGCCGAAUGAGCUGGUCACGCAAUGCCCGGUUGUUUGCCUUCGAGGAGGACCGUGGCGGAUAUCUCCCCGUGGUCGAUAUCGCUCGAGCCUUUUUCAAUGAUGUAGGGUUCAGGAAUGGAUGGGUGUCCCUGGAGCUUUUUUCACGGACGUUGGCUAAUCCGGAUAGUCGCACGCCGGAGGAACAUGCAAAGAGGGGGAUUGUAUCAUGGCAGAGACUUGUCAACGCAUUGGGAUUAGAAGGCGUGGCAUCAGGGUGGUCUUCGACGCAGGCUCGAAUAUUGACAGAAUCAGAUGGGAAAUUGGAGGGACAGUCACAGGAGAAAUUGGCAAACAGCAGCGUAGGAAGCGUAUCCAGAGCUCGAUCACAGCAUUUGUAG